AUGACAGGAGGAUCAGGGGAGCAUCCUCAACAUUCACCACGUACGAGGGGCAUCAUACAACAUUUUGAGCACCAAGUGAGGGAGCAUGCUGAAGGCCUUGAUGAGGAUGUUAGGGUCGCCAAUGAUCGCCUUGGUCAAUUGGAGGCUACUCAAAUUGACACCAACUCCAAGCUUUCCUCAUUGGAGACACCCCUUGUGGCUGUGAACACUUCUCUUGCAGGUAUCUUGAAUACGUUGAAGAGAAUGAGCCAAGAUGGUCAUGAUGGACCGGCUAGGCGCAACCACAUUGGCCAUGAAGCUAAUAGCAGCGUCGCAGCAAGGGAAGAAGUGGACUACGCUGCUGACACCGAGCUUGAUGAGGAGGUACUUGGUCGUCCACAACGACAACAGCGCCAACAGCGCCAUGGAAUGGGCGCUCCACCACGGCAGGAGGUACAUGAUAAUGACGAUUCUUUAGGCAAGAUCAAGUUUACCAUUCCUUGCUUUGAUGGAAAAUAUGACCCUGAUGCAUAUCUUACUUGGGAGUUAGCCAUUGAUCAGAAAUUUGCUUGUUAUGAUUUUCCUGAGAAUAAAUGUGUUAGGGCUGCUACUAGUAAGUUCACUGAUUUUGCAUCCAUUUGGUGGAGUGAAUUUGUUCGUUCCAAUCCAAAUAACACUCCACAAACCUGCGAUGCAAUGAAAAGAGUCAUGCGAGCUAGAUUUGUUCCUUCAUAUCAUGCAUGUGAUUUGCUGCAUAAAUUGCAACAACUUAGACAUGGAAUCAAAUAUGUAGAAGAGUAUUAUCAAGCUUUGCAAACAGGAAUGCUUCGUUGUGGUUUGGUGGAAAAUGAUGAUGCUGCUGAAAGGGAAGUGCAGGGACGAAGAGCUAGCUUCAGGACUAACAUUUCUGCAGGUCGUACUAGCUCUUGGACACCUUCCAACGCUGUUGCACCGUCAACUCGAGCAGCAGCACCAUCGUCCUCAAGCAACAAGCUACGUUCCUCCACGACAAACUCUACACCAUGCCUGAGUGAACCAGCAAGAGGGGUUGCUGCUACACCUUCCAAGAGUUCAUCAUUAGUGGCAUCAUCAGGAAGGACAAGCGAUAUUCAGUGCCUACACUACAAGGGCUUUGGUCACAUGUGCAAGGACUGCCCAAGCACUCGUGUAAUGAUCGUGAGAGCUGAUGGUGGGUACUCCUCCGCUGGUGAUUUAGAUGAAGAAACCUAUGCUUUGCUUGCAACUAACAAUGCAGGGGAAGGUGACACGCCCCACCAAGAUGAAGAACACAUUGGGGCCGAAGCUGCAGAGCACUAUGAGAGCCUCGUGGUGCAGCGAGUGCUAAGUGCACAAAUGGAAAGGGCUGAAGAAAAUCAACGCCACACCUUGUUUCAAACCAAGUGUGUGAUCAACAAACGCUCUUGCCGCGUGAUCAUAGAUGGAGGAAGCUGCAAUAAUUUGGCUAGUGUUGAAAUGGUGGAGAAACUUGCAUUGAGCACACAACCACACCCGCAGCCCUACUACAUUCAAUGGUUUAAUAGCAGCGGCAAGUACUUCUUUGUGCAUAAUGGAAAAAAGCUUGUGUUACAUCCUAUGUCUCCUAAAGUUAUUUUAAAGGAUGAACUUGCUAGAGCUAGCAAGCAAAAACUUCAGGAGCAUACUAGGAGUGAGCAUCAUAUUGUGGCUAAUGAACUUGAGAAGCAUAAGAAGAAAUGCACCAACUCUGUUCAAAAUAAUAAAAAUGAGAUUAAGCUGAAGGGAUCUUGUUUCAUUGCAACAAAGUCAGAUUUGGACGAAGAAUACGCCGAUGUUUUCCCAAAGGAGGUUCCACCGGGGCUGCCACCAAUUCGAGGGAUUGAGCACCAGAUUGACCUCAUUCCUGGGGCCUCUUUGCCAAACUGUGUGCCAUACAGGACCAACCCAAAGGAAACAAAGGAGAUACAACAUCAAGUGCAAGAAUUACUCGACAAGGGGUAUGCGCAUUUGUGA